AUGACUACUGGAAUAGUGGUAUCAAUCUGGCCGAGUGCGAUUUGGUUUCCUCUGAUCCUCCGGAUGACAGUGGAGCUGCCAAUCCUAUUGGCGAGCAAAAAAAAUUAUCCUGGCCUCGAGUGGAAUUUCGUUGAAACGGGAUUGAACCAAGAAGUGCUCAUUUCGUUCAUGGAAGAGUCUCAGGAUACUCAAGACACAGAGGACCGCAAGUAUGAAGCUGUAUGUGAAUUUAGGUUGAUUGAAUCAUAUGGUAUUCUUUUUGGUCAUGGCUGCUUUCCUACGACUAUCGAACCUAUAAAGACUCCAGCUCACGAUCCUGCUCUUCGCCCUGUGCUUGGCUUUUGCACCCUAAGAAACCAUGCCAAAGCGGCCACCCGCUUAGCUAACUCCUUGUUUGUGGAUGUCAAUCAACCAUCCAAAGCGGCUCCGACUUUGACUAUAUAUUUUAGGUUAACUAUUCUCAUAUUUAAUUAUGUUAUUAGUCAGUAUCCAUUCACUCUAUAG